AUGUUGGUUUACAAGGACCUCCUCACAGCCUUUGUAUGGCAUGAUUUUCUCAGUGUUUUGUUUGUAUUGUGUUGCGUAGGUGACGAACUUCUCUCGGACUCCUUCCCCUACAGAGAAAUUGAGAAUGGAAUGUUGUGGGAAGUUUCUGGAAAGUGGGUUGUUCAAGGGGCAAUUGAUGUCGACAUUGGCGCAAACCCUUCUGCUGAAGGUGGGGAAGACGAUGGUGUCGACGACCAAGCUAUCAAAGUUGUUGAUAUUGUUGACACAUUCAGACUUCAGGAGCAACCUGCUUUUGACAAGAAGCAGUUUCUUGUCUUCAUGAAGAGGUAUAUUAAGUUGUUGAUCCAAAAACUUGAUGGGGAGAAACAAAGUUUGUUCAAGAAACACAUCGAAGGAGCAACUAAAUUCCUGCUCUCCAAGAUCAAGGAUCUUCAGUUCUUUGUUGGGGAGAGUAUGCACGAUGAUGGGAGCUUGGUGUUUGCUUAUUAUAAGGAUGGUGCCACUGAUCCCACGUUUCUGUACUUCGCAUAUGCUCUCAAGGAGAUGAAGUGCUAAGAUUGCUACUACCU